AGUUUUCACAAAUGAAUUACACAUAAACAGAUGGUUAUUUGAGUUACAUCGUAGAUUAUUUAUGUUACUUUAAUAUUCUACCGGUGAAGAUACGCGAGUACUUCUCUAUUCUAAUAUUAGUAAGAUUACAUAUUAUUUACUCGAUUUAAUUUAUUUAAAAUGGUGGUUGCAUUCACUAAACGUCUUAUGUCAUUAGGCCCUAUUUACCGUUUGUUUACAUUUUUUGAGACGCCGUUGUCAACCAACACAACUUUUAGCAAACAUUGAUGAUUGCUGUAUGAAAUUAGACAAUGACUAGCCAUAUAACUUUACGCCCUUGACGCUUAAAAGCUGUUACUGCCUGUUCUUAACAGAAUAAAGCUUUGAAGAUGAGAACAAUACCAAAGUGGGUGAAUAAAAUUCACGAAGCCGACAAAGUUGAAUUUUCCAGUGUACAUACAAUAUGCUUUAGUCCUGAUGGCAGUCAGCUGGUGGUUGGUGCUGGUGAGAAGGUUAUGGUCUAUGACCCCCGAGAUGGAGCUCUUGUCCAGCUACUUCAAGCUCAUAAAGGUGCAGUCCAUGCUGUGGCUUACUGCGGUGAUGGUAAAAAGUUUGCCAGUGGCAGUGCAGAUAAAAAUGUCAUCAUAUGGACAUCAAAAAUGGAAGGAAUAUUGAAAUACUCCCAUGGUGAACCAAUCCAGUGCCUUGCAUACAAUCCUGCAACAUACCAUUUAGCAUCAUGUGCACUAUCAGACUUUGCUUUCUGGUCUAUGGAUGUGAAAGCAGUUCAGAAGUUCCGUGUAACAGGCAGGAUCACAAGUUGUGCCUGGUCUACGAAUGGCCAGUAUUUAGCUAUAGGCCUGGCUAUUGGAGCAGUUUCAAUAAGAGAUAAAAUGGGUGAUGAGACUUACCGUGUGACCCGCGAAGCUGCCGUAUGGGCCGUCGCUUUCGCCAAAUCCGUUUUGGUGGUUACGGACUGGAAUGAUACUUUAUCUUUUUAUAAUGUUCAAGGACAACAGAUAUUUAAAGAUAGAAAUAUAGGGAUAUCGGCGUUGUGUGUGACGACCCUUGGUGCGUUGGUAUUGGUCGGCGGCGUGGGCGGCUGGGCGGUGCUUACCUCUGAAGGGGUCCCUAUACUAAGCACCCCUCAAGAAUGGGUGUGGGCUAUAGCACCCUCGCCCUCAUAUAACAAUCUGGCAGUUGCAUGUCAAGACGGAACUCUUUGGUGUUAUCAAACCGUAUUCAGUACGGUUCAUGGUCUGUAUCGUGAGAGAUACGCUUAUAGAGAGAACAUGACUGACGUCAUCAUACAACACUUGACGACAGGCAACAAAGUCAGGAUCAAAUGCCAUGAUAGGGUGCAGAAGAUUGCGAUAUACAAACAUCGACUUGCGGUUCAGCUUCCAGAACGCGUGGUCGUGUAUGAACAAGGUGACGUUGAAGGAAUGCUUUACAGAGUCAGAGAGAAACUCCCGCAAAAGACUGAGUGUUCGCUACUGGUGGCCACUAGCGACGCUUUACUUUUAUGCCAGGAUACAAAACUCUUGGUAAUUGGAAGACAGAUACCAAAGUCGUGGACGGUGCCGGCGCCCAUACGUUACGUCAAAGUAACAACACUUUACUUUGAAGAAGUCUUAUUAUUGGGGCUUAUGAAUGGACAGAUCUGGCAAGUCGAGCCCCGGCAAGGCAACGCCAAGAUGGUGUUGCUAACGCCGGCGUCGGUGCGAUGUCUGGAUGUGAGUGCAUCGAGAGCGUACCUAGCGGUUGUCGACGAGGCAUCUAUAUGCAGAGUAUACAACCUAUCGACGUGCGAACUGCUGUUUACGGAGGAAAACAUAUCAUCGGUUUCUUGGAAUUCAUGGUGUGAUGAACUGCUGAGUCUGUCCGGCGGGGGUGUGUUAUCAAUAAAGGCAUGCAACUAUCCUCCCGCGACUCAGCCGCUAGCUGGCUCCGUUGUAGGAUUUCAGGGUGGGCGCGUUUUUUGCCUGCAGGCGAAUUCUAUGCAAACAAUCAACGUUCCCCUCUCACAUGCAGUGCAUCAGUACAUACAAAAUAAAAUGUUCAAUGAGGCGUAUUCAGUAGCGUGUCUUGGAGUGACAGCGUUGGAUUGGGAGCGGCUUGGCGUUGCGGCGCUAGAAGAACUCGCCUUCGAGGUAGCAAGGAAGGCCUUCCAGCGAAGCGAGAACAUUGUGUUUCUCACGCUUAUUGAUCAAUUACAGGAACGCUUCGAGUCUGGGGAGAAGCACGCCGUGAUCUUGGGCGAGGUGUUGGCCUACCGCGGGCGGUAUGCGGACGCGGCGCGCGCCUUCCGAAGCGUAGGACGAGAUGAAAGAGCACUCAACUUGUACGUCGACCUGAGGAUGUUCAACAAGGCUCAAGAAUACGUUGGCGAAGGUGAAGGUUUAGCAGCAUUGGCUCGAAGGCGCGCGGAAUGGGCGCGGCACGUGAACGAACCGCGUGCGGCCGCCGAAAUGUACCUCGCCGCCGGUGAUGUCAAGCGGGCCGCCGAACUUAUGGCCGAGACUGGACGGAGAGACAUGCUUAUAGAGUUGGCUCGCAAAUUAGACAAAGGAUCAAGUGAGUCGCUACGUCACGUGGCCGAGGCGCUUGUGAAGGCAGGCGAGCCAGCCACAGCCGCUGACGUAUACCAACGGCUUGGAGACUACAUUAAAGUGGCGCAGCUCGCAGUGGCGGCGGGCGAGUGGUCUCGAGCGUUCGCGUUAGCCCGCGAACACAACGAGUGUAAGCGAGAGGUGUACUUACCCUACGCCCACAGAAUGGCGCAAGAAAACAAAUUUGUUGAUGCACAAAAAGCGUACCAUAUGGCGGGAGAGACGUCGACGGCGAUGCGUGUGUUUUCAAUAUUAGUUGGCAACGCCGUGGUAGAGGAGAGAUUCUCGGACGCCGGCUAUUUGCAUCACUUACUGGCCAUUCAGUUCUUAGAGACUGCGGCUGCAGCUACUACAGACAAAGAACGCGACAAAUCGCUUCACAACUACGCUGACCACGACCGGUUGGCGCGUGUCUACCACGCAUACGACGUCGUCCACCGCUGCGUGCACGAACCGUUUUCCCUCAGUCAACCAGAAGCACUGUUGAAUGCGGCCCGAUAUAUACUCGCGUUGUUAGACACAGAACCGCCGACUGGAGUGUCUAUGUUUUGUCUAUACCUUUGUUUAGCAAAACAAGCAAAGGCGUUAAACGCCAACAUGCUUGCUCGUCAAAUGUUGGACAAAAUAUUGGGACUGCAGAUACCUCAUAAGUUUCAGGAGAGUGUAGAACUGUUGAUAUUGAAGACUCGCGCGGGUGGCAGUAGCGGUGAGUCUCGCGAGGAUGACGUGGCGCCACUGUGUUGGCGUUGUCGACGUCACGCGCCGCCACUCGCCGCCUCCCGGUGUCCAUACUGCAGGCAUAGGCUGGCACACUCGCUUGCUACACACGAAGUUCUCCCUCUGGUCCAAUUCGAGCCGGCUGAAGGAAUAACUUACGAAGAAGCAUUGGAUCUAAUCGAUCGAGCUCCGUUACCUGAAUCUUCGAAUGCAGAGAAUACAGAUGGCGCUGAGAUACUUAGAAUAGAUCACGAUGUAGAGGGGACUGAUCCGUUCCUUGACAAAGUCGAUGAGGACGAUGACCUUGGCGUAGUGGUAUGCAGUAGAGGUGCAUUACUACAGCUGAGUCCUGCGAGCGUGAUCAUUGUGAAGCGACCGCCUCUGCGCCCGCUCAUGUACCGUAACAUGCUGCCCGAACUGCCUGCCGUUGCCUGCCAGCACUGCCAGAAUCUAUUUUACAUGGAAGAUUUGGAGAUCCAACUGGUGACGAAAGGUCACUGCCCUUUCUGCAGGCACCCAGCCGAAGAACCUCGUUCGGAGGACGAUGAAAACGAAGACUCACUUUUAAAUGACUCCAGUUUAACGCCGACCAGCCCUAGCAACGAUCGUGGUACGUGGUGACGCUGAUGUGUAAAAUAUAACUUGGUACAAGGUAUCAAUCAAAUGUAUUUAGGUAGUGUGUACAGGGUGUAAUGGAAACCAUUAAAGAUGCUUUAACCAGUUUCUUCAAUAAAAAAGUUAUGGUCUUAAAACAUUUGAAUAAUGAUUUUGUGAGGUAAAUCGUUGUCUUGACUACGUUUGGUUAAAGUCAGCUUUUGUUACUUCGCCCACAAAUAGUUUGUGAAAUAAAUGUCAUCAUUUCCGUUACACCCUGUAUAUAUCAUUGACGCAAGUCACAAUUGAUGUGCAGUUGUUAAUAAUAGAUUUAACUACAAUACCAGUUACAUAUGUAAAGUACAAUUACAGUGAAGCUAUAAAUAUAGGAUUUUCAAUAAUAAUGGUGCGCCUAGAUGGGGACAAAAGAGCAAUCACCACGAAACAUACGAAUAAAAUCACAUGACGGCAAUAAACAGGAUUUCAGUUGUCAUUUUAUUUAACUUAAAAAUGUCUACUGAAUAAAACUGGCCAUAAUGGGCAAAAGUCGAGGUAAGUUUUGUCAAAGGCAACUAGUGAAAUAUAAUCUCAAAGAGGUUCGAAUAUGGGCAAGCAUCGUUAGACUUGAGUCAUCGGGUAACAGAGACUUGCUUUGCCUUUUGUUAGGAGCUUGUCUCCUUGGAAAACCGUACACUGGGCAUAUUAUUUGUAUAUCUACUAACCAAUUUCGAAAUGUGCACGAAAAAAAUACAAGUAUGUAUUGGGCGCUACAACUUUGGGGGCUUUGACAAAUCUGUGUUCGUACAAUGUAUAACCUCAAGGACAUAAUAAUAUAUUUAAUGGAGCUAUCGUCAUGGAUUUACCAUUAUUUCAACCAUCACAAAAAAAUCAAUCAAGUCAUUACAAAAUCCGAGUCCAAUCUAAAAAACCGUUUCCGAAAAUUCACACAACAUUCCACAUGUUGAUAAAUUCCAAUGUUUUUAUACAUACUUUCAAAGGUGCAAAAAAUGUAACGAAACAUGCUAAUGAAACCAUAAAUGCUUGGUUAAUAGAACGGUAUCAAGUAUUGUUCCCAGUAAGUAUCGUAACAGGUGUCUCGAUAGCGCUGACUGUCGCGUGUCGUGUGUGGUCCAUAAUGCAGACUUGUUCAGAUAGGUCAGCUCAUUUGUGCUCGCGGCGCUAUGUGUGCGUGAGAUUGACAGCGACUGUUUGUCAUGGAAGCUUUGACAUAAAAAUCAAAGCUGUGUUAGUGCACAAUGUCAAUGUGAGUUGAAUUGACUUUUGUACUGUAGUGUAAAACAAUAGUUCUUGCAAGAUGGUAACGCGGUUUUGUACGAUUAUCUCUUCUUUUCAAUCUGUUUUAUGAGAAGUUAAAGAUCUGAUCAUGUUUUGUUUGUGUGUUAACGCGAUUUAAUUAAAAAGCUAUUAAAACAUUGGUUUAUAUGUUUAAAUUGUCGAAACAUAUUUGAACUGAUUCUGGCAUUGAAACAUAAAGAAACUACUAUCUACUAUAAGUUUAGUGACUUAAAAAUUUCGCGCAUUUCAAUAUAACGCGUUAACGUAAAUAUCAACUAAGUACUUUCUAGACUCUCUUUUAUGACAAUACUUUCGAGUUUCAGUUAUGACAGAUAAUAAUCAUAAUAAAUAUUAUGAAUAACCAUAAAAAAGUGAUCGACUUAAAUGUUGCCCGAAUAGCGCAGUCCGAGACAUAAUGCGGAUAUAAAAGCCCUCAAGGUUAUGAGUCUUGAUCAAAGAUGCAAAGUGUAUGAAACUUCGAAACAGAUGGAGAAAUAAAUAGUAGUUCGGAAUAAUUACUUUUUCGCACCACCUUGCCUCAACUUAGCCGAAUAUGCCAGUGUAUAGGUGUUAUUACAUCCAAAAUGUGUUUUUAAAACUUGUUAUUUAGCGCUCUACAACUCUUACGACCAUGUAUAAGUGCUGUCGAAUGUAUUUUUAAGGUUUUUUUUUUAAUAGUUUGUUACAUGAUUUUUAUGUUUAAGUCUAGAUUACUUUAUUUUAGUGUGUAUGUAAAGUUUAGUUGUAAACUAUUAUAUAUACAAAGUGACCUAAAUGAAACGACGAUAAUACUGGUUAAAAACCAAUAUCCCGCCAAUUUUUUUCAAUAAUAAUACCAUGUUUUCCAUAUUAUUUAUAAACACCAACGAAAUUCAAUCAGUGCCGUAAUAUUUUUCUCAUUAAAGUGUCAUGCAAUAUAAUAAGUACAAAACCUAAACUAGAAUUAGAUUGUACAAGAAAUGCGGUUUCUGACGGCAAAAAUAAUAACCUAGCCUUCGUAAUUUCAGAUUUCAUAUAAUUUUUAUGACACUUAUGUCAGCAUACAUAUUGGUAGCCACAGAUGGGUGGGUUAUUAAUUGCGACCGCAAACUGCAACUGGUUUACCAAGUUGACAAUGUAGCGGCGACCGGCAGCUGUGCGUAACACGCGCUCACUGAUAAUAACGUGUUGUUGUCAAACAAGUUUCACUUACCAUAUGACUUGGAACGGUCCGCAUUCAUACUCCUUUAAGAUUUAGGUUAAUAAGUUAUAUUAAUUGUGUAUGUAUGUAGGGAUGUUGACGCGGUUAAAACGAGCAUAAUAUUACAUUUAGUCAAUCGAUAGUACAAUAAAAAUUGUGUUAAAUGA